AUGACGCCGCGUUCUAUUUACUCAAUCCACCAACCACAACGAAAGACACUCAGAUCUGUGGCACGCUUCCUGAACACCGCUUUCUGAUUUCGCGGGGAGAGUUAGCACUACAGCCUGAAGCUACUCCUUUGUUGACAGAAUGGCAGAGGACUCAAGCCCUUCUGAGGAUGGAGGCUUACCAAUGCCCUACUCAUGCUACGAGUGCCGCAGUCGCAAGUUGAAGUGCGAUCGCCUGAAGCAGGGAUGUACUCGGUGCGCUCAAACAGGGUCAAAGUGCCACUAUCCUACUUCACGGAAGCCGCCUGUCAUCACCGUAACAAGACCCAAGGUGAAGGAGUUGGAAUCUCGAUUGAAGGACCUGGAAUAUCGAUUGAAAAACAGCUCAGACAAUGCGUCUUCGUCCUCGCAGCAUUCUCUGGCGUCGUUUGAGAAUGACCUAAUUGAGACCGGCCGAUUCGAACAACUGCCUCCCCAGGCUGUUGUAGAGGAAUUGACAAACGUCUACUUUACAAACAUUAGCAACGAUCUAUCGAUGCUGCAUCCAUCGCGAUACCUUGCGUCUCUCUACCUCCCCCCUCACAUGCAGCCUCCAAUGUGCCUCCAGUACGCCGUCAUGGCCUUGGCAGCGACGUUUUGUCCGGUCUACAACCACCUCGCCAAUGCUUUCUAUCGCCGGGCGCGCUAUUACUUUGAAGCCGACCAGAUGAAGGGCGAAGGAGAGCAUUUUGUCACACUUGCUCACACACAGUGCUGCCUACUUAUGGCGCGUUUCGAAGCAACGAAUUUAUGGUUCUCUCGGUCGUCCAUGAAUACCUCCAGAUGCGUGCGCUUGGCCCAGAUUUUAGGCCUGCAUCAGCUUGAUGGCGAGGGAGGGCUAGGACCGACUCUACCACCCCCCAAAGACUGGUGCGAGCAGGAAGAGCGUCGGCGGACGAUGUGGGCUGUCUUCUGCAAUGAUAGAUAUACUAGCAGCACCACAGGAUGGCCAAGCCUACUGGAUGCUCGGCGGAUCCAAACGCUGCUCCCUGCAUCCGAGGAGGCCUUUCAAGUUUGCAUAGAGGAGCCUUCGAUUUCUUUGGCCGACGCCCUGAGCCGCAACAAUUCAGCAUGCUCCAUCUAUGGCUGCAAGAUCCUAGCUGCGCACCUCUUCCACGAAUGUCUUGACCACACCUACCAGGUCCAUCCUGAUCCCGAUCCCUCAGACUUCCAGAACAGCGUAUUCUGGAAACGCCACCAAGAUCUGAAUAACGGACUGGCAAGGGCCUUUGUAACCCUCCCAGACAGCCUCCGCACCCCAGGGAUCAAUAACAAUCGCGAGGCGGUAGUCAUCAACCUCCAGCUUCACACAGCGACCAUCUGCCUCCACCGCAUCGGCGUAGCGAGGGCAAACAAGCAUAACAUUCCAAGAGAAAUGUUGUCAGGCACGCAGGUGAGGCUUCUCCCUGCGGCGCACGAGAUCUUCAACAUUGUGGCCUCUCUUGCGGAUGUGAAUGCCAUGUUCCGAAACCCGAUGGUGGCGUUUGCUUCGUACAUGGCGGGGUUUGUGUUUCUGGAAGAUUUCCUCGACUCUGGAAACCAGCAGAGUGAAACUAAGAUGAGUUCGUUGAUGGAUUUGAUGGUGACCAUCGGCCAUCAGAACACGGUGACUGCGUCGCUGGCGGUUCAGAUGGCCCAUGCAAUGCAGAGGACCGGCAUCGAUCCCUCGGCCGUGAGCAAGGUCACGGGUCUGAUGUCGAAGAUGAUCCUGAAGGGUCCAUUAAUGGCCAAGCCUAACGAGGCGGCUGGCAGUGUGGUGUUCUGCCCGUUUGAGAUGCCAACGGAGCCGGCAGGAGUUCCGGCAGCAUACCCAACAAGCGUGUAGGGAUGGCUUAGUGGUGAUGAAUUAAGCCUUCCUGAAUGAAGAGAAAUACGAGGGAUGGAUGCUGGUAAAUGUGGAGUACCCACUUGAGGUCUUCAACACUCGCUAGAUCAACGCAGACCAGGUGGACAACCAUCAACAAAACCCGUUCAAAAUUGAGCUCACAAAUAAUGAGCCAUAAAAUAUGUAUAAAAUGUAAGAAAAUAUAAGAUAUCUCCCAUUCGCUA